AUGCCUCUUAUUGAUAACGUUCGGGCAGACAGGAGAAAAGAUCGAGUCGAGACGACUCCGGAGCAGCUGGCAGCAGCGUCUGCCGAGGCUGAGAGAAUGUCAGUGGCCACUGGCAUGAGGACACGUGUCAUUGGGUGGUACCACUCGCACCCACACAUCACUGUUCACCCGUCCCAUGUCGACGUGCGCACACAGGGCAUGUACCAGAUGCUGGACGAGGGCUUCGUGGGGCUCAUAUUUUCUGCCUUCAACCGCGCCUCCUCGCAUGCCCAGGCGGGUCAGCUACAGGCAGUGGCGUUUCAGUCCGUGUCAGCACGCGACAAGGAGCAGAGGGAGCAGCGGUCACAGCACACCCCGGCACGGGGGCAGUGGGCGCAGCUGGGCACCAAGAGAGAGCACUCGUCACACCCCUCUGUCUCAGACCUCGAGCCUCAGGAGCUGGCAGUGGUGCUGGCUGCUGUGGAUGAUGACGUCCCAUCAUCCGACUUCACAGCAUGGGAGGUGCCAAUAAAGGUGGUUUCUUCAGCCCGAGCCUUCCCCUCCCUGCCCCGUGCACAUGCCGUGGCGCCCCUGACUGGGCUGCAGCGCAUGCUGUUGGUGGAGGAGAAGGAGGCGUAUGAGAAGGCGGUAGAGCAUGCAGGCAGGUGGGUGGUUAUGCUGCAGCGGAUGCUGCUAAUGGAGGAGAAGGAGGCGUAUGAGAAGGCGGUAGAAGAAGCGCACAGGUAUGUGCACACUGCAAUGUGCCCCUCUACAUUCAUGUGGUGCCCUCAGCCCGCGAUUUCUCCUCUCUGCCUCAAGCUCACCCAGCUGCAGUGGAUGCUGUUAAUGGAGGAGAAGGAGGCGUAUGAGAAGGCGGUAGAGCAUACAGGCAGGCACGUACACAUUGCUCUGUUUCCCUCUGCGCUCCUACACGGCGAGCCCAACCCAUUGGAGCUGAUUCACCGCCACCGCCGCCUACCAGGCUUACCUAUCAUCCUCUCGUUUCCAUCCCCUCUCCUGUCCCCUCUCCCCUCCCCUCUUCCCACCCUCUCCCUUCCCCUCUUCCCACCCUCUCCCCUCCCCUCUUCCCACCCUCUUCCCUCCCCUCUCUCUACUCCAGACACGGCGAGCCUAACCCUCUGGAGUUGA